AGACCGGUGUCCCAGCGCAAGGCACGGUAUGCCCGUCGCAGUUGGCAUGCCAUAUCCACCCAUCGAUAUCCAUUCAGUCCCAUUCACGCAGCGUGAUGAGAAGCCUAAUUGACUGGCCCGGGCGUGCCAGUGGAGUCACUAGUCACGGUGCCAGUUUGGCUGGGAUGCGUGUCAGUCAGGGCGUCGCCCAUGCUGGACGUCGCCUCUUCGCUGACUAUCCGCUCCUGAGUCAGCGCUCGCGGAGGAUUGGGUGCGAACGACACCCAGGGUUCCAUUCCAAUUAUCCGGGACGUAUCAGCCCGAGCCCAGGAUUCCGGGUGCGAGAUGCAGCAGUGAUAGUGAUUCGUGGUAGUCUGAUGUGCCGCGUUGCUCGCUGUCAAGAACUUGGCCGCUGCUUCUGUGGCAAAGCCACUCGUGCCACAUCGAGGCCCGCGAUCGCUCACAUGACGCUGCGUACCGCACGCAUCCGUCCAUCCGCCUGCUGUAUCUGCACGCCCGGACGUCCCAGAGACACGCCGGGCAUCGCGAUCUCGUCGCGCGAGCUGGCAGUCUUCAGAGUGCGACAUGCGCCUCCCGGUACACUGGAUACUUUCGGGGCAUGUAUAGGCCACCCGUCCCGCCUUCCUCGACGCGAUUGCAAACCGGCUCAACGUGGUUCGAGUUUACGUCCAGCGAGCUGUCGUGCGAGUCGGCCCGGGACGCGUCCACGUAAACGAUAGCGUGCUCAAGCUCAGAUUCCGCGGUGCGAUGCCCUCGUCGAACACACAACGCAUCUAUCUGGCGAGCAGGCCCUGGCUCACCUGGACAACCCGACUCCCAUAUGCGUCCGUCGGCCUCCUCGGCUUCCUCGUCUGCGUCGCGCC